ACGCACAUGCAGGCACCAAAACCGGCGGUAGCAUGUCCAAUUUGAGUGAAAUCUCUGGUGGCACGGCAGUGGCCGCGGGUGCAGGCUCAGGAUCGGGUCUAGCAUCUGGGACGGGAGGAGGCCACCAGCGUCCCCGCAUGGACAUUGCGGUAGUAAUCGAUUGUGAGCAGAGCGCUUUUCUUAACCAACGAAAGGCAGCCCUCGAGGAAGUGCGGCAGGCGUGCGCUCAGGUCGGCGGAAAUCUUCAGCUGCUCCUGUUCGAGGUACUCGACUACGGCGACCUUAACACGCUGGAGUCGUUCUACAAUGCCGACAUCGUGGUGGUUGACCUAAGCGUACAGACGCAGCAAAGCACGCUCUGCUAUCAGUUAGGCGUGCGUGAAAGCUUCGAAAUGAAAGGCAACAUUGUCAUCUAUAACGACACGCAGAACGAGGCGACACUGCGUAUGAAGCUUUCAUGUGGCAACUAUCAGUUUGUCUCGUAUCGGCUGCACGAGAGUGGCAGUUGCGUGUUGAUUACGAGCCCACUCAAGAGCGGUCAGACUCAACAGCAGCAACAGCCAACAUCAUUACUCGCUGCGCUUCGGAAACUGUUCCAAGAAGUGGAGAUCCAGUCGAAGGCACAUUUGCGCGAAAAGUUUUUGUCGGAUCUGCGAAGCUUGCGCGAUCAGCACGCAGGCAAUGUAGAGGAGCUGCAGCGCAUGUUGCGCAAUAUGCGGAAGCGACUCGACGACCCUCACGUCCUCUCGAAGGAGAUCGUUCAGACGUACAUGCUGUCGUUGCGGGACGUUCAGGAUUAUGACGCAAUGGUGCAGCUAGUCGAUGAUUUGCAGACGAUACCAAACAAGCAAAACUACAUCAAUACCGGCCACAUGCACUACCUGUACGCGUUCGCGCUGAACCGCCGCAAUCAGGAGGGAGACCGGGAGCGAGCGCUCCGUACCUGUACGAAAGCGCUCGAGAAGAAGGAGAAUCAUUUCCCAGACAUGCUGUGCCUGUACGGACGAAUCUACAAGGACAUGUUUGUGGAAUCGAACCACACUGAUCAGGAAAGUCUCCGAAACGCGAUUAUCUGGUACCGGAAGUCGUUCGAAGUACAGCCGAACGAGUUUGCCGGCAUCAACUUGGCCACACUGCUGGUGAUCGACGGCAAGGACUUCAGUGACAGUGAGCUACAGUACAUCGGUAUGAAGUUGAACAAUCUCAUCGGCAAAAAAGGCUCGUUGGCGGAAAUCCACGACUACUGGGACGUUGCCACGUUCUUUGAAAUGUCAGUGCUGGCGGAGAACUACGCUAAAGCGAUCCAAGCCGCCGAGUACAUGUUUAAAUUACGCCCGCCGAAGUGGUACUUGAAGUCAACCAUCGGUAACAUCAUGCUGAUCGAUCGGGCGCGCAAGCGUACCGAGGAACAGGGUGCACUCCCAAUCGAGCAGCAAAUUUUCCAGUUUUGGAUGGAAUUU